ACUCCUGCACCAACAACAACUCCUCAACCAACCACAACUCCUGCCCCAACAACAACUCCUCAACCAACCACAACUCCUGCACCAACUACAACUCCUCAACCAACCACAACUCCUGCCCCAACAACAACUCCUCAACCAAUCACAACUCCUGCACCAACAACUCCUCAACCAACCACAACUCCUGCACCAACAACAACUCCUCAACCAACCACAACUCCUGCCCCAACAACAACUCCUCAACCAACCACAACUCCUGCACCAACAACAACUCCUCAACCAACCACAACUCCUGCCCCAACAACAACUCCUCAACCAACCACAACUCCUGCCCCAACAACAACUCCUCAACCAACCACAACUCCUGCACCAACAACAACUCCUCAACCAACCACAACUCCUGCCCCAACAACUCCUCAACCAACCACAACUCCUGCCCCAACAACUCCUCAACCAACCACAACUCCUGCCCCAACAACAACUCCUCAACCAACCACAACUCCUGCCCCAACAACAACUCCUCAACCAAUCACAACUCAUCAACCAACCACAACUCCUCAACCAACCACAACUCCUGCACCAACAACAACUCCUCAACCAACCACAACUCCUGCCCCAACAACAACUCCUCAACCAAUCACAACUCAUCAACCAACCACAACUCCUCAACCAACCACAACUCCUGCACCAACAACAACUCCUCAACCAACCACAACUCCGGCCCCAACAACAACUCCUCAACCAACCACAACUCCGGCCCCAACAACAACUCCUCAACCAACCACAACUCCUGCCCCAACAACAACUCCUCAACCAACCACAACUCCUGCACCAACAACAACUCCUCAACCAACCACAACUCCUGCCCCAACAACAACUCCUCAACCAACCACAACCCCUGCACCAACAACAACUCCUCAACCAACCACAACUCCUGCACCAACAACAACUCCUCAACCAGCCACAACUCCUGCACCAACAACAACUCCUCAACCAACCACAACUCCUGCCCCAACAACAACUCCUCAACCAACCACAACUCCUGCCCCAACAACAACUCCUCAACCAACCACUCCUCAACCAACCACAACUCCUGCCCCAACAUCAACUCCUCAACCAACCACAACUCCUGCCCCAACAACAACUCCUCAACCAACCACAACUCCUGCCCCAACAACAACUCCUCAACCAACCACAACUCCUGCCCCAACAACAACUCCUCAACCAACCACAACUCCUGCACCAACAACAACUCCUCAACCAACCACAACCCCUGCUCCAACAAGAACUCCUCAACCAACCACAACCCCUGCCCCAACAACAACUCCUCAACCAACCACAACUCCUGCCCCAACAACAACUCCUCAACCAACCACAACUCCUGCACCAACAACAACUCCUCAACCAGCCACAACUCCUGCACCAACAACAACUCCUCCACCAACCACAACUCCUGCACCAACAACAACUCCUCAACCGACCACAACUCCUGCACCAACAACAACUCCUCAACCGACCACAACUCCUGCACCAACAACAACUCCUCAACCAACCACAACUCCUGGACCAACAACAACUCCUCAACCAACCACAACUGAAACUACAUUAUCAACAACAAUUCCUGCUCCUCUCCAGUGUCUGAGCUGCUCAGAUGACUCCUGUUCAUCUCCAGUUUCAGUGCCCUGCUCCACAGAGACCAUGUGUAUAACAGCCACCAUUAUAGGUAGACUUUUCUUCAUCUCUAAAAUUCCUCAAUGA